UCUUUUGACAAUAUGGCGAAUAUUUUGUUGAAUAUUGGGAGUGUUAUUUGUCAUUUUUUGGAAAUGUCACUGUAAAUUUUUGUGUUGGUGCUAUUCAGAACACUAUUUAACCAAGAGUCCUCUUACGAGGGCACGUGUAAUGCAGAGGUAAAAUACUUCUAGCUUGAUGUACGUUUUACUCGCAGAACUUUAAGCAACAUGGCUGAAGCAGCUACAAAUAACUCUGGCUUCUAUCAGCUUAGUGUCACAAUUGAGUGUGCUCAUCUUCGCAAUGGUGGAAGUUUCCUAAAGCCCAAUCCAUAUGUGGAGCUGUCAGUGGACGAGAAACCACCACGCAAGACUGAAGUCGUCAAGUGCACUUACCAGCCCAAGUGGAAUGAAGAGUUCACUGUGCUGGUCACACCUUACUCCUUUCUCCACUUCCGACUGUUGGAUCACAGCACGUUCCGUAGGGAUGCGAUAGUAGGGGAGAAGCGACUCAGCUUGUACGAUGUGCUGGCACACUACAACGGCCGCUGUGAACAUCUUGAGGUGACUCUGGAUUUGAUGUCCGAGGCCAAGAAUGAUCAGACCCCGGUUAAGGUGGGUGACCUGAUAGUUCUGCUGGACGGUCUAAAAAUAGACAUGACAUCAUGUCCACCCCCUCCCCCCCGCCACAUCACACCGUUAGCCCCCACCAACACUGACACGACCAACCGCAGUGUGCUAAACGGAGGUGUGAGAGCUCGCAGUCGCCCCCCUGGAACGGAGAACACCCAGCCCUCGGCUACCCAGGGCUCGGUGGUACUGCCAGAGCUUCCUACACGGCCUGUACCCUCUGUGAGGAGUGUGAUGUCCAAUGCAGCUCCCCAGUCUGUUGUGCCUUCAAUACAGAAUGGUGCUGGUCCCCCGCCCCCGCCUAGCUCCACCACUGAGGCUGCCCCCGCCAACGGGGAGACUAAUGCUCAGGAGGAGCCACUACCUGCUGGGUGGGAGAUGAGAUAUGAUGUGUACGGACGACGCUACUACGUUGACCACAACAGUAGAAGUACCUCAUGGGAGAGACCCCAGCCGCUGCCCCCCGGCUGGGAGAUACGGAGAGACUCUAGAGGUAGGAUAUACUAUGUGGACCACAACACUCGCACAACAACAUGGCAGCGGCCCAACACUGAGAGGCUACAGCAUUACCAGCAAUGGCAGGGAGAACGGGCACAUGUGGUACAGCAAGGCAAUCAGAGGUUCCUCUACCCUCAGCAGCAGCCGAGCCCAGCUGUCAACUCUGGUGCGGCCGCCAAGGUGGAGGAGGAGGAUGCUCUGGGACCGUUGCCCAAGGACUGGGAGAAGAGAGUACAACCUGACGGCAGAGUGUACUUUGUCAACCACAAGAACAGAACCACUCAGUGGGAGGACCCCAGGACACAAGGGUUGGAGGUGGCACCUGAUGAGCCUCCGCUGCCGCCUGGCUGGGAGAUACGACUCACUGAGGACGGUAUCAGGUAUUUUGUGGACCACAAUACGAGAACAACCACCUUCCAGGACCCCAGACCUGGUGCUCCUAAAGGCCCAAAGGGCGUGUACGGAGUGCCAAGGGCUUACGAACGAUCGUUCCGCUGGAAGCUCAGUCAGUUCAGGUACCUGUGUCAGAGUAACGUACUUCCGUCACACAUCAAGAUCACAGUCACUAGACAGACGCUGUUUGACGACUCAUACCACCAGAUCAUGCGAUUGCCUGCGUACGAACUCAGACGACGGCUCUACAUCAUCUUUAGAGGGGAGGAGGGACUGGAUUAUGGAGGGGUCUCGAGAGAAUGGUUCUUCCUCCUCUCACACGAGGUGCUCAAUCCCAUGUAUUGCCUUUUUGAAUAUGCCAACAAGAACAACUAUAGUUUACAAAUCAACCCAGCCUCAUACGUCAACCCAGACCAUCUGUUGUAUUUUAAAUUCAUCGGUAGAUUUAUCGCAAUGGCGUUAUACCACGGGAGGUUUAUUUACUCCGGGUUCACGAUGCCUUUUUACAAGAAAAUGUUAAACAAGAAGUUGACGAUGAAGGACAUAGAAUCGAUAGACCCGGAGUUCUACAACUCGUUGGUGUGGAUCCGGGACAACAACAUUGACGAGUGCGGACUCGAGUUGUUCUUCAGUGUCGACUUUGAGGUGCUGGGCCAAGUGAUACAUCAUGAGCUGAAGGAGGGGGGAGACAAAGUCAGAGUAGACGAGGAGAACAAAGAGGAAUACAUGAGGUUAAUGACUGAGUGGCGGAUGACUCGGGGCAUCAAGGACCAGACGCAGGCAUUCCUGGAGGGCUUCAACGAGGUGGUGCCGCUCGAGUGGCUGAAAUACUUUGAUGAGCGGGAACUGGAGCUGAUGUUGUGUGGCAUGCAGGAGAUUGAUGUGGACGACUGGCAGCGCAACACCAUCUACAGACACUACACGCGGAACAGCAAGCAGGUUCUCUGGUUCUGGCAGUUUGUGAGACAGACAGACAGUGAGAAGAGAGCGAGGUUGCUACAGUUUGUGACAGGCACAUGUAGAGUGCCUGUAGGAGGCUUCGCAGAGCUCAUGGGGAGUAACGGGCCGCAGCGGUUCUGCAUUGAGAAGGUAGGCAAGGAGACGUGGCUGCCCCGAUCUCACACGUGUUUCAACCGUCUGGACCUGCCCCCGUACAAGAGCUACGACCAGAUGGUGGAGAAGCUCAACUACGCCAUCGAGGAGACUGAAGGGUUCGGCCAAGAGUAACACCAUCAUUCUAGGAACUUACCUCGCCACAUCCGCUAUACAAAGUGUUAUUUUUGCAUAUAGGUAAGCAAGAAGGCAUCGCUGAUUCCUCUCCAAAGCAGCCUUUUCUAAUUUUACUUCAGGAAAGAUUUCAUUAGCAUCUGCGUCAGUUGUAGAAUUCCUA